AUGGCGAGCGGUGAUGUUAACAGUGUCGAUGCGAUGUACAUGGAAAAUUUGGACGAAUUUAUCAAUGAUGAAAACAAAGUCGUGACGUAUCGAUGGUUGAGUACAACUUUGCAAGUGCAUGUCAACCAAGCAAAACAGAUGUUAUACAAUUUUGUGAUGCAGCAGAGAAAUGAUAAUGACAAAGACAACUUGAAUGUAACAUAUUUUGUAUCAGGUCUCCACAAGUGCGAUGGUUCGACAAAGAUCCAACACUGUGAAGUAGUGUCAGAAGACAAACUGGAAGCCAUCAAAUCAACUUUUCAAAAAUUGUACAGCUGUCAUAUAUACAGUGUACAAAAAUCUAAACUCCAGGACAGUGAUGCAUUGUAUAUUACAGACUACAAUUUGAUGAAAGAAAAUAUAUUUGAAUCUUGCAAACAAAGUUCCAUCAGGUAUGAUGCAGCAAAACGCGUGGCCACAUCCAAACCCGUGGUUCAGGAAAUUAAAAAAGAACAAAUUACUCCUUCCAUCUUGGAUGACAAUUCAAGACACAGAACAUUGGAAAGCAAAGAAAAAACGACUGCACCAAAGAAGGAUAAUAACAAAACUGGUAUUGCAGGGAUGUUUGCUAAAGCCAACAUAAAAAAAGAUUCUUCUAAGAACAGUGAACAAAUUCAGAACUGUUCUAAGACUGACACAAAAGAAACAGUCAAGAAAAAUUCUAGUGUUUCUAAAAAGUUGACUGGUGUCAUGUCAUUUUUUGCCAAUUCUGCUGCCAAGAACAAACCUUCUGAAGAAAAACCUUCUGAAGAAAAACCUGUCAGUAUCAAAAAGGAAUCUGGAGAUACAAAAAGAACUGAGGAGAAAAAAAAGCCACCUUCUUCAGACUCGGAUGAUGAUGAUUUUGUGAAACAGAAAAAGAAACGUCGUCGAAUCAAGGAAGACCUUUUUGACAGCAGCAGUGAAGAAGAAAUGGAAGUGGAAGAACCUCUUUCCAGUCCAAAUCCAGCUGCAGAAGAAGUGGAAGAAGAAAAAGAUGAUGAUAAUGAUGAAGAAGAUGAUGAAGCACCCAUCCCUGAUACCCCGGAACAAAAUAUUGAGAAAGUCAAGAAAGAAGAGCCAACAUCUGUUACUGUAACCAAUGAUGGUCGGAGAAGGAAACGAAUUAAAAGGAAAAAGAAAAAGAAUUACCUGAAUGACGAAGGAUUUAUGGAUAUGGAUCAGCCUGCAAACAAAGAGUCACAUCCGAUUAGGCUUUCGGCUGAGGCCAAGAAAUCAAGUGCUAGUGCCAAGUCCGUUGUAGACAAAGGUAAACAAAAGCAAUCAUCAUUGAUGUCUUUUUUCAGCAAGAAUUUUUUUUCUUUUUUUUUUUCUUUUUCUUUUUUUUUCUUUUUUCUUUUUUUUUCUUUCUUUCUUUUUUUUCUUUCUUUUUUUUCUUUUCUUUCUUUUUCUUUUUUUUUUUUUUCUUUUUUUUUUUUUUUCUUUCUCUUUUUUUCUUUCUUUUUCUUUUCUUUUUUUCUCUUUUUUCUUUCUUUUUUUUUUUUUUUUUUUUUUUCUUUUUCUUUUUUUUUUUCUUUUUUUUUUUUUUUUCUUUUUCUUUUUUUCUUUCUUUCUCUUUUUCUUUCUUUCUUUUUUCUUUCUUUCUCUUUUUCUUUCUUUCUCUUUUUCUUUCUUUCUCUUUUUCUUUCUUUCUCUUUUUCUUUCUUUCUCUUUUUCUUUCUUUCUCUUUUUCUUUCUUUCUCUUUUUCUUUCUUUCUCUUUUUUUUUUUUUUUUUUCUUUCUUUUUCUUUUUCUUUCUUUCUUUUUCUUUCUUUUUUUUUCUUUUCUUUUUUUUCUUUCUUUCUUUUUUUCUUUCUUUCUCUUUUUUCUUUCUCAGGAACCAGUUGA